AUGCCUGUUAUUCCGUGGCGAUCCAACGAUGUAGGUCUUUUCUCAAAGCUCAAGCUGUUGGCAUUCUGGGACAUGGCAGCCGAUCUCCUCUCCACAAGAACGAUCCGGGUGAACAUCAACGUCAACAACUGCAAUGAGAGAGUGAAAGAAGUCAUCGAGGUUUACAGCGCCAUCGACCUGGGACAGUCCUCCACCGGCUACGCUGUGGUCAGCAGGUUCACUCAGGUAUAUACCACUUCACUGCACGACCAACCACCGCUCACCCACUCCUCCGCCUCCUCGCCAUCAUCAUCCAGUUCCCCAGCAUUUCCCACGAGCUCGAUCAGCCAAGGCUCCAAUUCAACCAUACAUCCAAACUCCACGUCCUCCGAUUCUUUCUCGGGUACGCCAAUCAUCACAAGCGGCUCAUCUCCAAGAACAAUGUCCGCUAUGGGGAUGAGUCUCGGCAGCUCAAUGGCCACCUCAACCAUCAUGAGCCCCUCGACGGGAAACGGAUCCAACGACAACGACGACGACUCCCACCAUCACGGAAACUCCAACAAAUCCAACGAACACCAGAACACCAGGGGUCUGAGCGGCGCUUCCAUCGCAGGCAUUGUGCUGGGCGCUGCCGCCGCUGCAGCCGUUAUCGUGGGACUAGCCUGGCUCGUGUUGCAUUAUCGGAGGAAGGCUUCAGUACUGCAGGCGCGCCAUGACAGACACUUGUUCCAGGACGAGCACCGCUAUCAGAAGGCGGAACUGGAUGGGACGGAGGUUGGGGAGGCGGGGAAAAAGUUGGUGGAUGUGAUGCAGAUACGUCGUUUGAGAUAUGAUCUCGGUGGGGGUGGGCGGUCUAUAGAUACACCUGGAGAAGCUAGCGUCGAGGAGAUUUACUGUUGA